GCCCGAACUCAUCCUGACGGUGCUGGACGGCCUCGACGUUCGAAUCCCGCGCAACGUUUCCCGCUUUCUGUCGGAGCAGCAACACGCCCACUUCCUGGAGUGCCGUUACCGUGACGCACGCAACUUCCUGCAGCUCUACCCUGAUGACUCGUCUCCGGAGGCGGUGGAUUUUAGGAGGAAAGUGAAGUCGUUGCUUCAUUUGGCCGCUCGAACACUUGCUCACCUCGACAUCCCCUUCUGGCUCAGCAGUGGCACCUGUCUGGGCUGGUUCAGGCAGUGCAGUAUUAUCUCAUACAGUCGUGACGUUGAUAUCGGGAUUUUCAUCGCAGACUUCAGGUGGGACAUCGUGGCAGCAUUCAGGGACGCCGGCCUGUCACUCAAACACAAGUUUGGAAAGGUGGAGGACAGUCUGGAACUUUCCUUCCUGAGUGACGACGUCAAACUGGACAUUUUCUUUUUCUACAAAGACGGAGACGUCGUGUGGAACGGAGGAACACAGGCGAAGAGUGGCAGGAAGUUCAAGUACGAGUUCCCGCGGUUCUCGCUCUGCUGGGCGGAGCUUCUGGAGCUGAAGGUUCGAGUCCCGUGUGAAACACUCGACUACGUGACGGCGAACUACGGCGCCACCUGGAGCGUCCCAGUGAGGAGCUGGGACUGGAAGUCGUCACCUAGCAAUGUCCAGGAAAAUGGGGUGUGGCCUCCAGCGGAGUGGGAGGAGCUUAUUCAGGUUUACUGAGCAUAAACAAACUGAUGUCACCAUGACAACAGACGGCCUCCAUCUGAGUCCAGUGGAAUCAAUAUCAAGAUCUAUGGAGCAGUUACUGUAGAACAACUAUUUGUAAAUGUGUGUAUCUCAAUGUGUGUGUGUAAUCAGAUUUAUAAUGUGUAAAUGCAGACCUACAUAUUAACGUCUGAGCAGUGUAUUUCCUCUAAGAGUUGGAAACGAUGAUCAGUUCAGGUCCGAUGGAGGCCAGUCUGACGACAAGAAAGCUAAGGUGGUUUUCUUGUCAGUUUUGGUUCCUGGCACACCGGAGCUUACCCUGCCAUGACCCCCUUCAGGCCUUCAGAGGGACAGAUGCCUGACCUCCGUCUCUCCUGCCCCCCGCAGACGGAUCUAUGUACAUAUAUGUAUAAAUCUGAUCACAGACGAGUUACUCAAACUCUCUGCUCACAUUUGUGAAUAUUGUAACAAGAACGGCUGUCGUUGUCAAUGUUAUUGAUCUCUGAUCACAGUCAAUCAGUUCAAAUGUGAAUAAAUAUCAAAGCUCACGCGACUGAACGGAAAUAAACAACUAAAUGUGUUUUGAUA